CACCCAUAAACGGCAUCGUGACCAGCAGUUACGUGUUCAAUCGAUCGUUCGUGAACGUUCGAAGCUGUACGGUUUCAAUUUAACAGAUAAAAGAUGGCGAUGAAAUUUGCAUAUUGGCUACUGGUAAUAGCCGGCGCUGCGGCCGGAGUUUACGUGGAUGAGCCACUGCUCUACGACACGUUUUCACCCGAUUUUAUUUGGGCCGCCGCCACCAGUGCACACCAAAUUGAAGGCGGAUGGGACGCGGACGGUAAGGGGCUGAACAUUUGGGAUGUCUACACGACCAAUUCGAGCGUGGUGUUAGACGGGUCAACCGGUCAGACGGCCUGCAACAGCUACUACUUUUACCAGAAAGACGUCAACGCCCUCCAGAGUUUGGGAGUGUCUCAUUAUCGUUUCUCCAUCUCGUGGGCUCGAGUUCUACCCAACGGCAUCGGUGAAGUUAACCAGCCGGGCGUCGACUACUACAAGCGACUGAUUGCAGCACUCAAAGCCGCCAAUAUUGAACCCAUGGUGACUCUGUACCACUGGGACUUGCCGCAAGCACUGGAAGACAUGGGCGGAUGGCUAAAUCCUAGCAUCGCCGAUUGGUUCGAAGAAUACGCCCGUCUGUGCUACACAGAAUUCGGCAAUGACGUCAAAAUCUGGAUCACAAUUAACGAGCCGUGGGUUGUGGCGUACCAAGGAUACGGAUCGGGCAUCAACGCUCCAGGAAAGUACGGCCCUGGAACAUACACCUACCAAUCUGGCCACAAUUUAAUUUUAGCCCACGCCAGAGCUUAUCGUCUUUACGAAUCAGAAUUCAAACCAACACAACAAGGUAAAGCUGGAAUCACGUUAAAUAUUAACUGGUACGACCCCAAAGACAACCAAACGUCCAGCCAAGAAGCGGCCGAACGUGCCAUGCAGUUUCUGGGCGGUUGGUUCGCCAAUCCCAUUUUCGGCGACGGAGGUUACCCGGCCGUUAUGAGACAAAAAGUGGACGAGAAAAGUGCCGCCCAAGGCUACAACCCGUCGCGAUUGCCCGUUUUCACGGCCGAAGAGAAACUUCUGGUCCAAGGCAGCUCGGAUUUCUUUGGUCUCAACUACUACACCGGUUCGCUCACCAUCGAAAAGAUCCAAGAUAUCAGCAUUGUCGACUACGGAGCAGAUCAAGAUAUCGAAGCCUCUUACGAUCCUGCUUGGUACGGAUCUGGGUCCGGGUGGUUGAAGAUCACGCCGUUCGGGAUGAGAAACACUCUCAAAUGGAUCCGGGAUCGGUUCAACAAUCCCGACAUCAUCGUCACAGAAAACGGAUUCAGCGAUAACGCCGGAAAUCUGGACGAUCUAAUGAGAGUCUAUUAUUACAAGCACAACAUUAACAACGUCCUCAAAGCCAUCAAGACUGAUGGAGUCAAAGUGAUUGGUUACGCCGCUUGGAGUUUGAUGGAUAACUACGAAUGGGGAAGCGGUUACACGCAAAAAUUCGGCAUUUUCAGCGUGGAUUUCGCCACUGCUGAUCUCAACCGGACUGUCAAAGCUUCUGGUCGUUACUAUGCCCAACUCAUUCGUGAUAAUGGGUUCACUGUCGACCAGCCUUGCAACAAUUACCCGAUAUAUUAAGUCAAAUUAUUAACCAUGUAAUUUGCAUAUCCUUGGAAAAGCAAAAAGAUGAGAAUAAAACAACAAUUUAAGAAAG